GUUCUUCAACUCCCAAUCUCGGAGGAGGCAAAAAAAAAAAAAAAAAAAAAAAAAGGUCUUUUUACAUAUGAAAAACGCUUAUCUUCCAAGAAAAUCAAAACCCACAUCUUGUUUGAAUUUGAAAAUGGGUUUCAAUCAAAUCCCAAGUUCAAACAUGUAAAUUCGGUUAUUAUGUUGUUAUAAAAACUUUGUUUUUUGGUUCUGGGUUUUUGGGGAGAUUUUGAAUCUGACAAACGGAAAGAGUGGUUCGAUGUCAACGGCUAGUUCAAGUGCCGCUUGGAAAGCUGGAGAUGUGGUUUCCGACCAGUUUCCGGUGGGUUUAAGAGUUCUCGUUGUCGAUGACGAUCCAACAUGCCUCGUAAUUCUGGAGAAGAUGCUUCGGACCUGUCUUUAUGAAGUUACAAAAUGCAAUCGAGCAGAGAUCGCACUUUCAAUGCUUCGGGAGAACAAAAACGGGUAUGAUAUUGUUAUUAGCGAUGUUCACAUGCCUGACAUGGAUGGAUUCAAGCUGCUAGAGCACAUUGGACUGGAGAUGGAUUUGCCUGUUAUAAUGAUGUCGGCGGACGAUGGGAAAAAUGUUGUCAUGAAGGGGGUGACUCAUGGUGCUUGUGAUUACCUGAUAAAACCUGUUCGAAUCGAGGCCUUGAGAAAUAUAUGGCAGCAUGUAGUUCGAAAGAAAAAGAAUGAGCGGAAGGAAUUGGAGCAAUCUGGAAGCUUUGAAGAUGGAGAUCGGCAGGCAAAAGCAUCUGAAGACGCAGAUUACUCAUCCUCGGCAAAUGAAGGGAAUUGGAAAAGCUCCAAAAAGAGGAAGGACGAGGAAGAAGAGACGGAGGAUAGGGAUGAUACCUCCACCUUGAAGAAACCGCGGGUGGUUUGGUCAGUUGAGCUCCAUCAACAGUUUGUGGCUGCUGUUAAUCAACUCGGCAUUGAUAAGGCCGUCCCUAAGAAAAUUUUGGAGUUGAUGAAUGUUCCUGGGCUCACUAGAGAAAAUGUUGCUAGCCAUCUUCAGAAAUAUCGGUUAUAUCUUAGAAGGCUAAGUGGAGUCUCACAGCAUCAAGGUGGCUUGAGUAACUCUUUCAUCAGUUCCUCUGAAUCAACUUUUGGGCCAGUGACAUCCAUAAAUCAGAUGGAUCUUCUAAACCCAGGUCAAUUCCAAGCACAAAACAUUUCCACAUACCAAGCAGCUGGACUUGGCAGGUCGCCUGCAAAAUCUGGCCUUCCUAUGCCCCUUGGCGAUCAAAGGAACCUAUUUAGCUUUGAAAAUCCAAAGUUGAGAUUUGGAGAGGGGCAACAACAGCAUAUGACCAGUAGUAAAUCAAUGAACUUACUCCAUGGAAUUCCAACAGCCAUGGAGCCAAAGCAGCUUGCCAACUUGCACCAGUCUGCACAAGCACUUGGGGGUGUAAAUUUGCAAGUCAAUGGCCAUGGAGCCCAGAACAACAAUCUUCUUAUUCAGAUGGCUCAACAACAUUCGAGAGGGCCGAUUCUUAAUGAGGCUACAGGUGGUCAUGUUCCUCGUCUCCCAUCAUCUAUGGGACAACCUAUUGUAUCAAAUGGAAUUCCUGGUGGAGUUUUAGGGAGAAAUGGAAUUGCUGAUGGUGGCAGGGGAGCAGGAUACAAUCCAAUUCUUCAAAGCUCUUCACUGUUGAAUUUUCCCCUGAACCACACUCCGGACUUACCGGGCAAUAGUUUCCCGCUUGGAAGUACUCCAGGCCUUUCUAGUCUCACAUCUAAAGGGACAUUUCCAGAUGAGGUCACCUCAGAUAUAAAAGGAUCUGCUGGAUUUGUGCCAAGUUAUGAUAUAUUUAAUGACUUGAACCAGCAUAAAUCCAAUGAUUGGGACAUUCAGAAUGUAGGAAUGACCUUUGAUGCCUCACAGCAUUCAAACUCCAUGCAAGGCAGCCUCGACGUUUCAUCUUCAAUUUUAGUCCACCAAGGGUUUUCUUCAAACCAAGGGAGUCUACAGAAUAGGAAUCAAUGUAAUGUUAGCAAGGCAACGUUCUCAAUGGGAGAUGGCAUUGAUCAUGGGAACACACAAAACAUGAAUCAACACCUUAAUACACUACUUGGUGACAAUUCCAUAAGGGUGAAAACUGAAAGAGUUACUGAUGCAGGUUCUCAGACUACCUUCUUUCCUGAACAAUUUGGUCCGGAGGAUCUAAUGAGUGCACUUCUAAAACAGCAGGAAGACAUCCAACCAUCUGAAAAUGAAUUUGGCUUUGAUGGGUAUUCCAUGGAUAAUAUUCCUGUAUAGGAUAUGCUCCAUGUUUGAGUUCCUGUACUGAUUGCAGUUCUGGUGUAUAUAGUUGCUUGAACAGAUCGAGGUUAUUUCUUCUGCAAUCAGAAGGGCAGAUUUUCAAAGUUUUAUCUCUACUUAAAGAAAGAGGAAUGCUUCAUUCUAUUAUGCCACGACUUCCUUGUGAAUAGCAUGCUGUGCUGGUUUUUAUGUUAGGACAUUAAAGAUCACGCUGAUGGGUAAUUUAGAGGGAUCAAUCAUGUUAGAAGAUAUGCCUGAAGUGUGAAAGAAUUCUGCUGCAUGAUAUGCAAAGGCAUACACAUGCAAAAUUUUGACUGGUACUGGUGGCAAAUUUCUAGCGAAAAGCUACAAUACCUAAGGUGCUGGCUUGGUUUUGGGCAUAUCUCAAGUUGUGGAGGAGUAGGUUUUGAUACAUUUGCAGACCUUUUUUAGGAUCCUUUUCUAACUCUAAUAACACGUGAAGUUUGCUUCUUUAUGUUACUUCCAUUUUUUCUUUUUUGUUCCCGAAGUUGACUAUGAUGUACAUAUUCCAUUUGAUUGCUCGAGACAUAAGUCUGGGUAUUCUUUUUGGCUUGUUUCUUUCUUAUACUUAAAUUUCUAGGAGCAUAGCAUUUGUGUUGAAUUUUUA